CAACCUCGUCAGUCUGAUAAAUUGAGCGCGGCGUGAACUCACGAAUAUUAUCCGCAAUCCCUUAAAAAUGGGCUCGAAAUCGCAUUUAAACCCAGAUAGCAUGUUAUAGAAUGUAUCAAACAAAUUAUUUAUAGCAAAAUGAUGUACGAAGCACGUUUAUAACGUUCGUUUCAUUGAAUAUUAACAUAGCUAGUGUUUUUUUUAUGUUCACCGAUGUUUUUCGGACUUUAAGAUGUUACUGGCCGCGGUGAUGGCGCGCAGCUGAGUCCAGUUCGAGAGCACGCCAGCACACAAGAUGCGCUGGAUAUUUCCAGUACCAGUUCUUCUGAUGUCCUGGUUCGGAGUGGAGGAAGUAAAAGCCAACUCCUGCAUCCGAACCGCAUUAUGGGCUCUAUGCCUCAGUCCUCUGGCUUCGGCCGAAUGUCAAACCCGCACGAUCUACUGCUACGAGUGUGACAGCUGGACGGACCCGCGCUGCAAGGACCCGUUCAACUACACGGCCCUGCCGCGCGACCAGCCGCCGCUGCAGACCUGCAACGGCUGCUGCGUCAAGAUGGUCCGCUACUCUAAAAGCCCCUACGAAGUGGUCCGGCGCACCUGUACCUCCCAGCUCCAAAUCAACCUGUUCAUGGUGGACCACGUUUGCAUGAUGGAAAGUACAGGCACUGGCCACAUGUGUUUCUGCGAGGAGGACAUGUGUAACGCGAGCGCCGGCGCGCGCGCAGCGGCCUGGUUGCUCGCGCUUGCGUUUGCAUGUGCAUGGAGGUGAAGCGUAGUGACGGGCGAGGUCGAUCGAUAAAGCUUAUAGGGUACUCGAAUGAAUGGUUAUCGAUAAAAUCGUUAGCUUGGGUACUUGACAUUUGGCCAUGACAGCCCAAAAGAUUGGAAAUAUCCAGUUGUUGGCUAGAUGAGUCGAAAAAUUAAAUUGUUAUAGGUGUUUCGUUUGAGAUGCCUAUUAGGAUGUUAUGAGUUUGUUGAACCAAUCAGGUUCUAGAUCCUUAAAAAGUCGGUUGUGAUGCUUUAUUUGAAACUUACAAAGUUAACUUUUCAAUGGCGCGUUGGGCGUUUCACGGCGCUAAAAUUGAUGUAACCGUUUAAAAUUAUGGCGUUUAAAAUGUUAUCGAGCUGUUGAAAGGUUAACGGUUACAACGAAAAUCAUUUAAAAAUGUAAUCAUUCGAGAACCAAUAGGCGCGGAAUUUAAAACAUCGAUAAAUACCUGCAUUUUAAUAUUUUGAGUCAUAGUCAUUUACUCAAGUUUACAACACCAUCCAGUUAUUAAAACUACCUAGUUUUAAAUUAUCAACCAUAUAUUAGAGACCAAAAAAAUGGAAAUCGCAUUUAAGUUUACUGGUAAAUGACAUGAUUAGAAAGUGCACGGAUUUUACGAUGUCUCCCUGAAUUUGAAAGAAGUCCAAAAACACUGGAUUGUGAAAUCAAAAUUCCUUAAAAUUUUAAAUGUAACUAGGCUUAAAUUGAGAACUGUACAUUGUACAUUAAUCUUAUCGAUAUCGAUAAGUUUAAUGUGGAAGGUGUGGUACAAUUUUUGACUGCGAAAUUUGAACUGUUUAUUUUUUUAUUGGUGUUUUAUAGCAGUGAUGUUAGGUAUCACAAUGAAGAUUGUAUUAAUGUGACAAAAAUAAUUUUAUUUGAUCAAACCAGUGUUCCAACAUCGAUUGUUCGACUGAGCCCAAACUAGACUUUCGUCCAACGUAGUGUAGUCGAGCUUUUUCACAUCACUAUACGUCCCUCAGAACUUGUACCUGAUAUUUAUGUACUGAUGUGGAAAACCUCCAUCAUUCGCUCUCACGAUAACAUUUUGCUCUAACCUAGACGUAGUUACGAGAAUUCCAAACGAUUAGCUUGUAAAUAGUGCGGCACGGACGUGCGUAUCGAUAUCGAUGAAGCUAACACACUCAAUGCUUUCUUAUUGGUCCAAAUUUCUUAGACCAAGUUGAAUUUGCUCAUAGAUGCACGUAAAAUAGAUGUGGGGCACUUUUAGAUAGAAAUUAAAUUGUUUAUAGACGAAUUAGCUUGAACUGGCGUACAUAAAGGAGCGUUAAAUAUGAUAGUUUGGUUACAGAGGGUUUGGAUAUUUUAAAACGUUUUUACAACGAUUGGCAGUCUGAUUUGCUUAAGGCUCAUGCACUUUAAAAAAUCUGGCAAGUUCUUUUACUUUUGAAGUUGGAAUUUUAGUUAAAGAUGUAAAUUCUUGUAUCUUAUAUUUAAAAAGUGUAUUUGUCAAUCUGGAACAUACCACUAGUUUUAUAGUGCAAUUGAGUCCUAUCUACUAAAAAUGUACCAUAAUAUAUCAGCAAUCAACAUCUUAAGAUGUUUAUCUUCUCCGUUCCCUAAAUAUCGGUUUGAAAUAGGUAGAAAAUUAAAUUGCAGCUAGAUUUAUUUUAAAAGUGGUUGUGUUUGAUUCUGUUUGUUUUAUAGUUAGUGUCAAAAUAAAAAGGGUUUAGGAGCGAAUAUUACUAAUGAUAUUAGUAGUAAAGUAACAGAGGAGACCGAAAAGAACAUGAUCUAUUUGAACAGGUUACCUGUACAAUUGUACAUAUAUCAGCUCGUAAGUACUUAUUUUACCUAUAUCAGGAGUCUUCAAACUAUUGCCCGGUCUGGCCCGCGGAAUAGCAACACGGCCGAAAGGCCUUGCCAUAAAGCUAAGUUUUAGAUUCAGAUUAGUAAUUAUUUGCGUUAAGUACAUGUACAUGCAAAUACAGUAUAUACAAUUAUUUACAAUAUUCGCUAUUUGGUUCGCUAUAUAUCUAAGUGUGGCUCUCGGGUCAAAAAGUUUGGAGACCCCUGACAAUAUUGCUGUUUUGCUGUGUCAUAAAUAAUAUUAUAACGGGAAGCCUUGUGGUUGAAAUGACGACAUGUAGUGAUUUUAAAUUCGGAUGCUAGUUAUUCCUUGGUGAUUAUAAAGGCAAUAGAUUGAGAAAGUUAACGAAUUAUAGAUAUUUUAUUCCGCUUUUUUUGACGUUUCGUGUGACGGGCGUAGAUAUACGAUGCUAGUUUUAGAAGAAGAUGCAAACAAGGUGACCUCUUUAAUAAUAAAGAUAUCUAGUGCUAGAACUUGGCCGCGACACUCCCGUGCGGCCUUAGCUUAACUAAUUUAGGAACAUAAACACCAAAUAAAUUUUUAAUCGUUAAAUAGCUAAUAAAUAACAAUAAUUUAGCGUUUGAUAAUGCGGCGAUGAUUUUUAGGUAGUUUUUUAUUUUAAACAAAGCACUAAACGUGCAUAGAAGUGAGACAUAAGUGCAUAAAAGUUAUUUCAUUAAAUUUUGGGAUCUGCUCGUUGUUGGGUUGAAUUAUUUUUAUUAAAUUCAAACGAAUGGCGAGAUUCCCCAAAGCACUGCUCUACAGUGAGAUGUUUGUGAAUAAUAGCUUUAUUAAACCGUAGUUCCUUUUACUCAAAAUCGGAGCCACACUAGGUUAUAGGCAAUUUGAUUUAACGCCAUAUCAUCUGUAGGUUAGUAAUCUGACUAAGGAAUGCAAAGCCCGCAUGAAUAACCGGUUAAAAAAUGAAUAAUGCUUGAGAAGAUUUAAAUGAUUAUAUGCAAUUAGGUUCUGGCUUAAGUAAAGUUCAUAAAUUUCAUAAUACAACAAUUUUCCUUAUUAAAAAAAAUAUCAAAAAUAGGCGAAUUCACUAGACGACUCAUUCUCAUUGCACAUGUAAAUAACCGCAAAGUAAACUAUAUUUCCGGUAAUAAAUGUCUCAAAAAAUUCGGUUUAGAAUAUCGAAAAAUUUAUUCAUUUUUCGGCGAAUUUUGCAUUCCCUAGUUUUAAUGUAAGUGCAAAGCAUAAUAUAAGGAGAUGAAUAUUGUAUGUAUAUUAAAAAUAUAGUAUGACUAUAUCUAUAAAUAGUUUACAUAAUCUUCCUUGUUAACUCUAGUUCUUAAAUGAAGUUUUUGAAUAAAUAGAUACUCCGAUUAUUUUAAAAUUUCUAGCAUUAGAGUAAGUUUGGUCAGACAUGUCUCAACCCAUCGCAUGUGUCAUAUAAGAUAUCCAAAAUGUCGUCUAGGAUGGUUUUAAGAAAUUGGAUAUGCCACAGCACAAUAAAAUCAGAACUCGUGGGCCGUUGGUCCAAAUCUCUUGAUCUCUAGCCGCCCAAGACAUCAAAAUUUGCCAAGAUAAAUGCAAUUUUGAUUUGUCAAAAUAAAUAUUGAAAAUAGAAUGGAAAGGAAGACCUUUUAUAGGCCACUGGGCGAUUAGAGGAUAAAAUGGAGAGAAAAAAUCCUCUUGUGAGUAAUAUACAAAUACCCCGUAUACCUUUGGCAUCAAAUAAAUAGUAACGGGCAAUUACCGUUACCAUCGACAUAAUGUGUACCGAUAUUUUUGGCAACUUUGGUCGUCAUUAUCUAUUUGAUGCAAUUACCUUGCCUUAAAUGAAUUGUGUUGUGGAACAUCCAACCACUCCACCCUACAUACUCAGUUUCCAUACUUGUAUUCAGGUAUGUUCGGCAAUUUAAAUUAAGUAUUUUUACUUAUUAAAGAUAAGAAAAGUUAGUUUAUGUAUAGAUCAUUUCUUGUUUUCAUGCAUUUCAUGAAACUAGUCUGUCUAAGCUAACUGCACCAAUUUGAACAGAACAAAGUGAGGGAGUGUUCAUAGAAAUUUUACAUUUAUGAUGACAUUUCCACAAUUAGUCAUGGCAUAAAUGCCAUGCAGAGUUAGCUUAGUCCGGCUUUACAAGUUUAAGGUGCAUUAAAUUUAUUGCUUUCUGUAAUUCAGGCUCAUUCCAAUGACAUACAAUAGUAAUUAAAUUGUAUUUACUUCUAAAAAUUUAAAAUGCCGAAUAAACCAUUUAACUUCAACAGUACUGUUAUGUCUAGGGUUGUAGCAUGUCACAGCACUGUAGCCCAGCUUCCCACUGGCCCAGACACCUCGGAAUGCGAUUCUUUAACUUGACUGGGGCACUACCCUGCCUACCUUGACUUUUUCGAUUCCAUAUUUGAAUCAGAAUGAAGUUGAUUGUGAAAUUACUUUUUUGUUUAAUUUUUAAGCAGUUUAUCGAAUUAAAACAGUCGCUAAAUAUGUUUUUGCUUAUUGAAAGUCUUAAAAAAAAAUAUAUUGCAACAUUUCAAUAAAAUAUCUCAUGAAAAUGUUGUUUGGUGACUUUUGGUUUGGUUUUGGUUUGGUUCGUAAGAAUAUAUCUGACGUCAAAAUGGAAAUUUAUUUUUAUUCUGCUUCUUAUAUUUUGGGAUAUUGUUAAAGUCUAAUGGCGGCAUCAGCUAACUUAAACCCUAUAUUAUUACCUAGUUACUAUGGAAGCUGAUGAUAAGACUAAUUAACGUUUUACCUAAAUCGCUUUAAUUUUAAUAAUUACUAUUUACCUAUUAUAAGAAUGCGAUGUAGUGUUGGAAUAUAUUUUUUUAUUAAAUGAUAGUAGUCCAAAACUUGGCCAAACGUGUCCAAAAAGUACAAAUUCACUUAAAAUACUAACCGUAAAAAAAAAUUGAGACACUUUUUAUAAAAGUGGUUUUAGAAAACAUUGGACCUGAAACUAGUGUUAUACAUAGAAACAACUAAUAAGAACUUGCAAAAACAUUAAUAACUGAUAAUCAGAUUUGCUUAUUAAAAAAGUAUAUUUCAACACAUUUACUUAUAAAUCUUCUUCCUUCACUUUAUUACGGCAUAUCACGCAUUAGACAACUAGCUCAGACCGUACUCAUAGUCAAUUAGCCCUCUAAGAUAACACUUGUUAACUUUAUUUAACAAUAAGCAUGUAUUAUUUACAUUGACAAUAUGCAUGAAAAAAUUCAAUAAUGCUGUCAAUUUUCACGAAUUGCGCUAUAAGUAAUAUUUUUUCUUGUGUAUUGUCGUAACAUUUUAGUCUUUUUUUAACUAAUACCAUCUAUUAAUUAUGUUGCAAAUGUCGGAAAAUAUUUUUACGACGUCUGAAAAAGUUAAAAAAUAAAAUGCGUAUAUCGACAAAAAUAUCGAUAAAAAGCGGAGCGUUACUAAGCUACUCAGCUGUUCAAAAAUAUUUCUCUACAUAUAUUAUGGAUGGUUUUUUUUUUUUUUCAAAAUUGGUUAACUCUUGCACUUCCUAAAGCUACGCUUGCGCGACUAACCGAAAUCUGACCGCUCCGAGGCUGGGGUCUCUAUUCACAGGACCAUGGAAACUGAGACAAAAUGACCCUUAAUAAUAUACUUAAAUACAAUUUGCUUAUUAAUAACAGGCAUAUGUGAGCUUACCACGAAAUAGUAGGUUAAAUAAAAUCAGAUUUAAGAUUAGAAUAAAAAAAUAAUGUCUCAAUCUCCAUACCGUCAAAGGCUUCAGCCGACUCCAAACGCAAUGUGGCCUGUCUGUUUAAUUUUUCUCAUGUUAUUCUAUGGUUCAACAAUAAAUGUGCAGUACACCUUAAAUGUCAGGUUUAACCUAUAUUUACCAAUUAUAAACGCAUUAGAAUAUUAAAUAUAAUCAAAAGGACCCCAUGGAUAUACCUGCGCCUAAAAAUUAAGAUCUUUUGCUUUAAUAAAAUAUGACAUCUUUCUUUUUGUGAGAGGCCCUUCUGACUCAUAAUGUCUAGAAACUUACAUCAUAUAGAAGGUAUUUUAUAACAGGAGACCCCCGCAUUUAUUGGCUCUUAAACGGCUUGGGCCGAUAUUCAUUUGUUACAGGCCGAUAUUGGGUCACGUCUUCCAAACCGAAGUGAAACGAAUGUGUUUGUCGCUCCUAACGUGGAUAUAGAGUUUUUUCUUAUCGGCUCAAGCCUCAGUUGACAAAACCGGUGUCUCCUUAAAUUGGUAAAUAUUGGUAUGAACCAGCAGUGUGUCGGUGUUAAAUGUUUCUAAUUUUCUCUAAUUUUCUUUGUCUUCUAGAAUGGGCGAUGCGUACGUUUUCGUUGUAUAAUUGUAAAUGUAUGUAUAAAACAAUUCCAAUCGAUGUUAAAACUAAAUUGUUUAGUUGCAUAUGUCGCUUUAAAAAAAAGGCUAUAAACUCAACUGCACUAAUAAUUUUGUGGUUAAUACGUGCUUAGUGAAAUACAAAGUUAUGGGUGCAGUUUUUCUUGAGCUUCGAUACAUAAAAAAAAUGUAAGCUGGCGGUUUGGAUACGGAGAAAAAUGCUUUUAUGCUGACAAUAAAUCAGUGCAGUAUUAUUUAAUCGAAUAUUACCACAAUCUACAUUGGCUUCAAACCUAAGGUAAAAAAAAGUUUUUGUCAAAUAUUGAGAAGUGCCAUAAUUAUAAAAAUAUUGUUAUAUAA